AUGACUUCAUUGAAAAUCAAGUAUUUCAUCAAGUGCUUGAUUAGAACCAGUCGAAAUUCCAAAUACGUUCUGCACGUGAGAACAGAUGAAGAGCCAGUAGUGUCAUUAAGAGGAUCGGAAAACAUGUAUUUUGAGUUGAAAAUAACGUCUGAUAAGACAAAGAACGGAAUAAGAAUAUACAAAAAGUGUCAGUAUAAUGAGAAGUUUGAUACAUUCUGGAUUUACUCGGAAGACGUGAUAGAUGAAUGGAUGAAUCUGGUGAAAACUGUGAUUGAGAUUUUUAAGUUUGUAGAGCACAUUGUUAUCUUUUAUAUUGACAAGUUUCCAACAAAAAACAAAUCGAUUGUUGACUUUAUAAAGUCUCUAACUCCAUCGAUUGAAAUUUGCGAGUUUCAUGGAAACACUGAAACGGACGAAGACGUUGAAUACUUUCUGAAUAACCUGAAUGUUACUGAAUUCGUAGGAUUCAAUCUGAAGCUCAGUGAUCGUUUUACGUUUCCACAGGAUAACUUUCUUGAAGGUUUUACCAUUGAUCCAGGAAAUUGGUUAACGUUCGAUAAAAUACUUCGUUUGAAAGGUUCUGAAUUCUACGAUUCUCCAAUAACAAAUCAAGAACUGAACCAGUUUCUAAUCCUCUGGAUGACUUCUCAAUGUCAUCAGAAUCUAGAGUAUCUUUUGAUAAACAUCAAUGAUCCUCAAUCACUCGAUACAAUUUUCGAUUUAGCGUUCGAGAAAAUGAAUCCAAAUGUUGAACGAAUCGGUAGACUUUCCAAUAAUGCAACUGUUUCAUUGAAAGGGGGCAUCGAUAUCAAGAGGAACGACAGGAUGACUGGAACGAUUAAUUUCGACCGGAGACUGGACAAAAUGCUACUGACUAUGGUGGUUUCCCGAAUUGAAUAA